GCACUUCUGGCGCCCAGGCCGGCGGGCGCACUUCUAGGGUUCCCGUCUGCGUCGGGAGUCCCGGUGUGGCCAGCGGCAGCCGUGCGGACGGCCAGAGUCGGCGGUGGGAUGUGCUCGGCCAGGAAGCUGCUGCGGGGCGGCACCGGCGGCGGGGAGUGCGACGAGGACGGAGCGGCGCCGGCAGGGCGGGCUGAGGAGCGGGAGCCCGGGGCGAGCCCGCUGCGCGGGCGGCCGCAGGACGAGGGCGAGCAGGAUGCUGAAGAACCACAAAACCACUCUGGCGAACCCAUUGGAGAUGACUACAAAAAGAUGGGAACGCUUUUUGGUGAACUGAACAAAAACCUCCUCAACAUGGGCUUCACAAGGAUGUAUUUUGGAGAACGGAUUGUGGAACCAGUAGUGGUCAUUUUCUUUUGGCUUAUGCUAUGGUUCCUGGGCCUGCAAGCCCUUGGACUGGUUGCUGUUCUUUGCCUUGUCAUUAUUUAUGUACAGCAGUAAAACACUGGACAUUUGGUAGCCAUGUAUGUAACCGAUAGAGCUAUCUACUUGGGCUUUUUGAAAGCCAAAGUAGUUUGACAUAUUUCAUAUUGUGUCCUGGCUAUUUGUAAUUUAAAUUAUAAAUGAGUGUUCUUUAAAACUCAACUCUUUGUUAUAACAAGGAUGAAUAUAUAUUUUUGACUAUAUAGUAACGUACUCAAACUCUUUUUCACUCCUG